CCAGGCUGGAGUGCAAUGGCAUGAUCUCGGCUCACCUCUCUCUCCUGGGUUCAAGCAAUUCUCCUGCCUUAGCCUCCUGAGUAGCUGGGAUUACAGGUGCAUGCCACAUACCUCACUAAUUUUUCUAUUUUUGAUAGAGACAGGGUUUCACCAUGGUGGUCAGGCUGGUCUGAAACUCCUGACCUUGUGAUCUGCCCACCUCGACCUCCCAAAGUGCUGAGAUUACAGGCAUGAGCCACUGUGCAUUGUCAAAAUCUCAUAGUUUCUACGCUUGGUAUUUUGUCACACUUCAUUGCUUCUGUCUCCUAGGUUAUUAAAAUUUUCAUUCUAGGUAUUGAAAUUAGUUCCUACUCAUUUAAAACAUUAGUCUCAUAUUUAUUUUAAAAACUUCUUCUCUGCCCUCCAGAGCAGACUAGACCUGUAGUUCCAACUCUCUUUACACACACCUCUCUUUUUUCUAUGUGCCCGCUCUUCCAAUGGUGGGGCUGUGAGGUUCAAGAAGGGAAACAGGCAAUGCCUUAAAUGCCUGACUGUGGCCAUGUUGCUGUCUGCUUUCUGUAGGUCAUUGUCAGUGAGAAUGCAUAGGGUUCCCAACAGCCUCACAGAGAACUCAGUAUCAAGCAGCCCUGUAAGUUUUGGUAGCCCUUUGCAAGGCUUGCUGCAUCUAUCAGCUGACUCCCAAUUGGCAGAGGUGAAAAACAUUCUUCCGAUACAUAGAAAUCCCUUGUCCCUUGUUAUGUUCCAUGGCAAGUGUGCAGGCCUCAAUCUCAUGUGCUCUCUGUGAUCUCAGGUCGGGCCUGUAGAUUCCAACAGGAUCCAUAGUCCAGAUUAUCACCAUAUUUCUCUGUUGUCCCUACCAACUCUCCCCAAUUCUCCAAAAUUCCUGGAAAUUCAUAAUGAAGGAGCAGUCAGCAAGCUUUUUGGCAGAGUAAACAUCCAAAUGGGGACUGGAGAUAUCAGCCUCCUCUUUUUGAAGAUGCCCCAAAACUUUAUUAAUACCAUAUAAUAGGUACAAAUGUCCUGAACAGAACACGAAAAAUACUAACAAUUAAUGAAACAAAUUGGUAAUUUGGACAAAUUAUUUAUUUUUCUUUCUUUGUGAGACAGGGUCUUACUGUCUCCCAGCUGGUCUGGAGUGCAGUGGGGCGAUCACUGCAGCCUCAACCCCCUGGGCUCAGGUGAUUUUCCCUCCCAGUCUCCUGAGUAGCUGGGACUACAGGUGUGCAUAACGCCUGGCUAAUUUUUCAUGUUUUUUUAGAGACAAAGUUUCACCAUGCUGCCCAGGCUGGUCUCCAUAACUGUAUUUUAAAAAUAACAGGGUGGGCGCGGUGGCUCAGGCCUGUAAUCCCAGCACUUUGGGAGGCGGAGGUGGACAGAUUACUUGAGUUCAAGGUGCCAGACCAGCAGGCAGGCGCGGUGGCUCACGCCUGUAAACCCAGCACUUUGGGAGGCCGUGGUGGGUGGAUCACGAGGUCAAGAGAUUAAGACCAUCCUGGCCAACAUGGUGAAACCCAGUCUCUACUAAAAAUACAAAAAUUAGCUGGGCGUGGUGGCGUGUUCCUGUAGUUCCAGCUACUCAGGAGGCUGAGGCAGAAUUGCCUGAACCUGGGAGGCGAAGGUUGCAGUGAGCCGAGAUCCCGCCACUGCACUCCAGCCUGGCACCUGGCCACAGAGCAAGACUCUUAUCUAAAAAAAAGAAAAAGAAAAAAAGUUAGCCGGCAUGUGUCGUGAGCCUGUAGUCCCAGCUAAGUAGGGCUGAGGUAGGAGAAUUGCUUGAGCCCAGGAGUUCCAGGCUGCAGUGAGCCAUGGUCGUGCCACUGCACGACAGCCCAGACAAAAGAGCAAGACCCUGUCUCAAAAAGAGAAAAAAAAACAAAAAAUUAACAUUAAGAACUUCCUUCAUCAAGACACCAAGACAGUAAGAAAACCCACAGAGCAGGAAAAGAGAUUUUAUAAUACACAUCUCCAACAAAGCACUCGCGCCGAGAACACAGAACUCGUAAAACAUUAGCAACACUUCCGCUCAAGCCUGGACGAAACUUCCUGUCACGGAGAAGAACAUCUGGCAGAAUUUCCUGUUAUGAGGACCCUCCGGCACCGAGCAAUGGGGGCCAAAAGGCUGCGACUCCUCGAGGAAGAGGCCAAGCAGAAAAAGGUAGCCAGAAUGGGAUUUAAUGCAUCUUCCAUGCUCCGAAAAAGCCAGCUAGGUUUCCUUAACGUCACCAGUUAUUCCCAUUUAGCCAACGAGCUGCGUGUGAGCUGCAUGCCGAGGAAAAGGAGCUUGGAUCUUUCCUCUUCGGUGAGCAACCAUUUUAACUCUAUCCUGGCGAGUACCAACAGCGACUAGCUCUUCGUAGUGAACCAGAUGGAAGUCGAAGGCUCUAAGUACGGCAUCAUCAGCUUGCGAACGCUGAAGAUCCCUUCAUUCCACGUGUAAGUGCUCAGAAACCUCUUCGUCCCCAAUCGGAAGGUGAAGGCCCCAUGCUGGGCCUCGCUGAACCAGUUGGACUCUCACAUUUUGCUAUGCUUUGAGGGAAUCAGAGAAGCUCCAAGCUGUGCCGUGCUGCUCCCAGCGUCGCGCUUCUUAAAUAUCUACACGAGUAGAGUAAACCAGCCUGAGAUGCUCUGCAGUUUCCACAUCCCAGUGGCCUGGUCCUGUGCCUGGUCCCUGAACUUCCAGGCAUAUCACUGCUUUAGUGCCGGCUUGUCUCAGCAGGUCCUGUUGACCAACGUGGCAACGGGACACCAGCAGUCAUUUGGUACCAGCAGCGAUGUCUUGGCCCAGCAGUUUGUCAUUACAGCUCCUUUGCUGUUCAAUGGCUGUCGCCCCAGGGAGAUCUUUGCCAUUGAUCUGCAUUGUAGAAAUCGAGGCAAGGGGUGGAAGGCCACUCGCCUGUUUUAUGACUCAGCAGUGACCUCUGUGCAAAUCCUCCAAGAAGAGCAAUGCCUGAUGGCGUCUGACAUGACUGGAAAGAUCAAGCUGUGGGACCUGAGGGCCACUAAAUGUAUAAGGGAAUAUGAAGGUCAUGUGAAUGAGUCCGCCUAUCUGCCCCUGCAUGUGCAUGAGGAAGAGGGAAUCGUGGUGGCAGUAGGCCAGGACUGCUACACGAGAAUCUCGAGUCUUCAUGAUGCCCACCUGCUCAGAACCAUCCCCUCCCCAUACCCCGCCUCCAAGGACGACAUUCCCAGUGUGGCCUUUGCUUCUCGGCUUGGGGGCAUCCAGGGAGCAGCACCAGGGUUGCUCAUGGCUGUCCGGCAGGAACUUUAUUGUUUCCCCUUCAGCUAAUUCUGCAGGUGGCAGCGCGGCCGAAUGUGAACUUGACUUAAGGAAGUUGAGUAUCUUAUUACCAUUUUUGUGAGAGCAUUUUAAGAGACGUGGUGUGUAUAGAUCCCAUCCAUCCGGCUGCCAGGGGUAAGGUGUUACGAGUUUUAUGUGGAGACAUUUCUGUAAAGUUAUUUCAGUUAAGUUCUGGAUUUAGCUUGAAAGUCCUUCCCAUAAAAGGUAUCCUAUUUCUUCUUGUUGAAUACCUUAGAAUAGUUGCCCCCCCCGCUUUUUUAAUAAAGACUUUUCUAAGGACUGAAGAUUGGCAAAAAUUAAUUAAAGCUGCUGCUUUCACUAGUAGCUCUUUAGAGAAGCAUAAUGAUGAAACUGGUAAGACUCUGACUAGUCAUACCGGGGUCUGAUGCAUCUGUGCUUGAGGAAGCCAGUGGGAGAAGAGAAAAAGGAGAGGUCAUUUCUCUGAGUCUCUACAGAAAUAUUUAAGGUUGGAGUUUGGAAUCAUUAAAUAUGGCCUUCUCAAACUCAAUAGCAGAUCUCCAAAAUUCUCCUUUUUUAAUUAUCUGUAGGCAUUGGAAGGAAAGAUGGAUCUUUUAAAAUACUAAACAGUCCUUCAUGUGCUUUUGUUGAGGCACUUCUCAGAAUGUAACGUACCUUAGCUCCAGUUUCUAUUAUGGUGACUUGAAUUUCAGAUUCAAGAACCCGGCUGUCAAAAGGGCUUUGAUGUUUUGUAAUCUAGGAGCAGCAGUUUGUGAGAGGCUUAUUAAAAAUGUUAGAGUGUGUUUUUCUACCAAGCAAGGGAGAAAAAAAAUAGGUGUAAUAAUGUUAGUUGCUACUUCUUAAUAGCCAAAGCCUGGAAAUGAUGUGAAUUUCCAAAAUGCUAAAAUUUGUACUGUAAUCGUGCAAUUGGAUACUGCAUAAUAAUAGAAAAUAAGGCACAAUUGCUAUGUGAAACAGUAUGGAUUACUCGCAACAUGUUGAUUGAAAGUAGGUAGAAAUGAGUACAAACCGUAUGAUUCAGUUCUAAAGUUCAAAAGCAGUAAAAACUUGUCUGUGGUGAUGAAAGGUAGAAUAGUAGCUACCUCUGUAGAAGGAAGAAAGGAUUUUCUUUUUCUUUUUAGGAUGUUUGAGAAGUGACAUGGGGAAGCUUUAGGUAUGCUGAGUUUAUCUUGAUAACUUGAUACAUAAUUCAUAUAUCUAUAUGCUUCACACUUUUAUAGUUUACUGUAAAUAUGUUGUUCCUCAAAAAAUAAAAAUAAGAAAGCAAUUAGGACAGUAUUGUAGUUAGUCAGUUAAGGGACAAUGAUGGCUUUGGACCUGCAGGUGAGAAGUUAGAAAUUAUUGCAUUGGAAGAGCAUUUGAAGGUAGUAUUAUUAGACUUGCUGAUGAGAGUAAUCUAGAAAGUGAAAGAAUAUAGAAUGGCAGCUUUUUUGUUAACUUCAGAACUGGUAGAUGAUGGUGUCAUUUACUGACACGGGGAGGAUGAGGAGAAAAAACUUUAGGUGAAGGGAAUGACGCUGAGUUUUAGGAAUCUACUAACCUUCAAUUGGAGAUAUAAAGUAUUCUGUAAAUCAGGGGUCAUGACAUGACUGGUAAUACAAAUUUGGUGACUUCAAUACAUAGAAUUAAAAUAGAUGGGAUAGAUGUACUUUAUAUGAUAUAGAUGGGGUUAAUACUGUAAUAACUACAUAUUAAUAGAAGAUAAGUAGAUGAACAGAGAAGGUAUGGGAGUGUGGUUAGGCACAGAUUUUUGGAAUCCUUUAAAUCAGUUUUUGAUACUAACUUGAUAUGUGACAUGAGAAAUUGUGUAAGCUUUACUUACUGUUUCUUCAGUGUAAAAUGUUUUAGAUAAUAAAACUAAAUCAUAAAGUAGAUAUAGGAUUAAAGGAUAUAUACAUUGUCUUUUUUACAUCGUAAGCAUUCAAAAUAAAAGAAAAAAUUUAA